AACCAUAGAGUUGGGAACCUCACGCGGACUUCUCGGUGGGGCGCCCAGGACUCUGGGAUCCCCCGCCCGCGCAGGAAGUCGCUCUGGAGACUCGAGGGAGAGCGCAGGCGGCGGCCGGGCAGGGAGAGCCGGGCCUCAGCGCAGAUUGAGUCAGGCACGCGCAAGGGCAGCCCCCGAGGGCCGUCCCAGAGGCCCCAGCGCCGCCGAGGUCCUAAUAGGCAGCACCGUCUUCCGCCGCACGUGGCUGCAGCGCGAUGCCCAAAUCCAAGCGCGACAAGAAAGUCUCCCUCACCAAAACCACCAAGAAAGGCUUAGAACUGAAACAGAACUUGAUAGAAGAGCUUCGGAAAUGUGUGGACACAUACAAGUACCUCUUCGUCUUCUCCGUGGCCAACAUGAGGAACAGCAAGCUGAAGGACAUCCGCAGUGCCUGGAAGCACAGCCGGAUGUUCUUUGGCAAAAACAAAGUGAUGAUGGUGGCCCUGGGUCGAAGCCCAUCUGACGAGUACAAAGACAAUCUGCAUCAGGUCAGCAAGAAGUUGAGGGGUGAAGUUGGUCUCCUUUUCACCAAUCGCACUAAGGAGGAAGUGAACGAGUGGUUCACGAAAUACACGGAGGUGGACUACGCCCGAGCUGGGAACAAAGCCACUUUCACCGUGAGCCUGGACCCGGGGCCCCUGGAGCAGUUCCCGCACUCCAUGGAGCCACAGCUGAGGCAGCUGGGGCUGCCCACGGCCCUCAAGAAAGGUGUGGUGACCCUGCUGUCCGACUACGAGGUGUGCAAGGAGGGCGAUGUGCUGACCCCGGAGCAGGCCCGCGUCCUGGUGAGUUCCCUCCGCCCCGGGUGUCCACAGCUGCAGCGGGAGGGGCCGCAGACUCCUCUGACCCCACUCGCUCCUCCUCACCUUUGGGUCCCUUCGCCUCUGGCAGAAGCUUUUCGGGUACGAAAUGGCCGAAUUCAAGGUGACCAUGAAGUACGUGUGGGACGCACAGUCCAGAAGGUUCCAGCAGAUGGGAGAUGACUUGCCAGAGAGCGCGCCCGAGUCGGAAGAAGAAUCAGAGGAAGACGACGACAGCUGACGUGGACUUGGGACGGGCCCUCCGGGCCUGCUCCAGAUCUUCUCUGGACUGGACCGCGUGGGGCUGCCGCCGCCCUCGGGGGAGCAGCCGUGUAUUUUGCUGUGGAUGCACACAAGGGAGGGUGACAGGGACAGGCUAUUCUAUAAAUAAUGAAACUUUGUCAGCAGGGUGUCUCCCGCAAGAGGGACUUUUCUAGCGAAAAACCCUUGGGUUUGGGCUUUGGUUUGGACCCCCAGGAUUCUUAGGUCACCUCAAGCCAGUUUCCAGCACUGGCUCCUGUGUGACCACUCGCCGGGCGGCCCUGGGAGCACAAGAGGAACCGCCUUCUCCUUUCCUCUGGCCCGCGGCGGCCCUGGCUUGAAACUGGGAUUUGUUUGAGGAAAACAGGCACCCUGCCUGCCGCCCUCCUACCCCUACUCUCUAUUCUCUUUCCCACCCCCAACCCCCAAAACCAGGGCCGAGAAACUUGUGGAUGACCAGGAGACAGGAGGUGUUGGCUGAAGCAAGAAUAAAGCCACUGCUGAAACUGAAUGAAUGUAAAAACCAUUCCACUGCAUCCUGGGAGGUUUUAGUCUUCUGGGUGGUGGCUCCAGGUGGUAGGUUUUUGCCCAGAUUGCUCUGUUUAUAAGUAUUUAAUGAGGUAAUUCUGAACGAGAGAAAAUCUACCUCAGGGUGUAUGGUUCUCUUUUUUUUCUGUCGCGUGUAGAAGCGUGAGGGCCACCUGCAGCCCCGAUGUUGAGAGGUCCCGCUGGGUUCAGGGCAGGAGGCUGGGAGGCCCUCCCACCGCCUCUGCCCUUUGAAGACUAGUCCCUACUCCUGCCCCCUUCUCACCAAGCCUGUGGGAGGACGAGAAACAGCCUGCAGGCUGCAGAGGAAACAAAUUCAGCAGGUUCACUGUGGGCCUGGGCUGCAGCCAGGUUAGUGCCUCUCUACUCAGACAGGGAACGCCUGAGUGGAUGCAGCCCUGGCCUUUUUCCAUGGUGAAGGCAGCUCAGAGUAUUAACAAGAACACGGGAGACAAAGGGUUUGUGAACUGGGACCGUGAGGAAAGACCAGCUGCAUAAAGCAGCUUGAAGUCAGAACUGACUGGUUGAGAGAAUAAAAGAGGUGAUAGAGGGAGUGCAUCCUUUGCCACCCCAAGGCAGGACUAGGCCUGGCGGAAGUAGUUGGGACAUUCAUGGGCAGACAGGUGCCAGGCCUGGUCAAAGGCCUGCGUGACGGCCGGCUCCAGGGGCUCUCCCUCAGCGGCCACCAAGUUCUGUUCCAGCUGCUCCAAGCUGGACAUGCCCAGGGUGACUGCAUCCUCCUGAACGCCCUGCAAGGGGAGACGGCCAGACGUCCACACACUAGCACACCACAGUGACUCCAGUCACACACGCACCC